CAUUGCUUGAAAGAAUCUUCUUGACUUGUUUCCAUGUGCUGGCAAACAGUUUCAUAGAAUCCAGCCUCUGGGAACCAGUGAGCAGCAUGCAGUGACAUUGUAUCACUGAGCCUUGGAGCCAGACCUAUCAGCUGGAGAGCUCAGAGGAGACUGCUCAGCCUCACCAGCAUGAGAGGGACCAGCAUCAGAGAGGGUGCACCCAAGACCCUGUUGGCCAGGGCGCUUUAUGACAACCACCCUGAUUGCUCCGACGAGCUGGCUUUCUCCAGAGGGGACAUCCUGACCAUUGUGGAUCAAAAUGUGCCAGAAAGCGAGGGCUGGUGGAAGUGUCUGCUUCAUGGGAGACAAGGCCUGGCUCCCGCCAACCGCCUCCAAGUCCUCAAAGAGAUCCCUGAAGACAGACCCUGUCCUCUGCUCCUGAGAGGCCUGGACACAGAUCUCACCAGCUCAGAGGGGUCUUACCCCGUGCCCAACUUGUCCUGCCCCCAGCCCCCGGGUCCUGUGUAUGAGCCGAUGAAGAGUUGGGUGGAGGGCCUGCCACAGCCGGCUACUGCCCAACUCUAUGAAUUGCCUGACUCACCUUCCAGUGCCAGGAUCAUCUGUGAAAAGACUCCGAGCUUCCCCAAACAGACCCUUAUUGUGCUUCCCAGACCCACAAGGGCCUCGUUGCCGACUCUUCCUUCCCAGGUAUAUGAUGUGCCUGUCCAGAGGCCAGUGUUCUCAACCCUGAAGCCAGAGAAGCGGCAGCUCUAUGACAUACCUACCAGCUCCCAGAAGGCAGUACUCCACUCCUCCACCAGCCAGGCAAGUGGACAGGGUGUUAUGUUGGCACCAACAAUUGCCUUCAGACAAGGCUAUGGCUACAACCCCUUACCCAGCACUCAGAAACCAGAAUGGAUUCACGAAGCUCCAGUGUUGCUGGGGAAGGCGGAUAUCAAAAAUGUACCUCUGGCUAGCUUCACCAAAGAAUCGGGGUCCAGUGCCAUUCCAGGCUCCCCUGUUGUCCACACUGGAGCUGUGACUCUCCCCCCACAGACGGGGGACACUGUGCAGAAGAAAGGCAGCCUUCCAGAAGAGCCUUCCUAUGCCUUCCCAACACCCAGGGACACCCUUCCUUCCGAUGCAGGGAGCAGCUACAAGGUCCCACCCAGGUUUCUCAUUCCCAGAGUGGAGCAACAGAACACAAAGCCUAAUAUUUAUGACACCCCUAAAUCCAUGCAGAGUGUGUCCCAUGAUACCCCUAAAGCCAUGCAGAAUGUGUCUCGGGCUGGAAAGGAGCUGGAGAGAGGCAAAGAGGCUCCAGAGAAUUCCUGGAUCUCCAGACAGAUGAAUUCUCUGUUUCCCGAUUCAGACCGGCUAUCUGUGGCUAGUUCAGACAGCAGAGCUAGUGUGGUGUCUUCAUGCUCCUCCAUAUCCACAGACUCCUCCCCGAGCUCCUCCUCAGAGGACUCAGUGAAAGAGCUGUGGAUGGACAGGGACUUUGCCAGAGAGACAGCAAUGGCCCUGCAGCACAAAGUAGACAGCUCAACAGCGGGCCUGCUGCUCUUUGUAAGCAGCACUUGGAGAUUCCGAGACUCCUUGGAGACCAACAUCAAGACAAUCCGAAGGGCUGCUGACCAUGUCGAAGAAUCCUUAAGAGAGUUUCUGGAUUUUGCCCAAGGUGUUGGUGGGAUGGCCUGCAAUCUCACGGAUAGCCACCUUCAGGCUAGAAUUAGAGAUCAGCUCCAGACAAUCUCCGGCUCCUACCAGACUCUCCUGGAUGCCAAGGGAAGUCUGGACCGCUGCAACUGGUCCCUUGAAGUUCUCGUGACAGACAAAGUCCACAACAGCCUGGACGACCUGGAGAGGUUUGUCAUGGUGGCACGGCUUGUUCCAGAAGACGUCAAGAGAUUUACGUCCAUUGUCAUUGCCAAUGGGAAGCUCCUUUUCAAACAGAACUGUGAGAGAGGAGAGGUGGAGUCCAAGUGUGAAAAAUGCACCCAGCGUCCCCAAAAAGAGACUGAGACCUGCCAAAAGAGCAGUCCCUUCAACAAACUGGCAACUGAACACUCCCUUGCCCUGGCAAAGAAGAGCAGAGUGAAUGUCUGUGGACGGAAGUCACCUCACCUGCAAGAGAAAGGACGGCCCAUCCUGAAAGGAAGGUCAAACGAAAACCAAGAUUUUGGUGACACGAGUUCUACGUCUCUUGCCUCUCUACCUCCCAGUCGGCAGAACCCGGAGAGGAAGAUCCACCUGUCCGAGCACUGCAGGCUCUAUUUCGGAGCACUCUUCAGAGCCAUCGGUGUCUUGGCCAGCAGCCUCAGCAACAGCCAGCCCCCUGAGGUCUUCAUUACUCAGAGCAAGCUGGUCAUCACAGUCGGGCAGAAGCUGGUGGACACGCUGUGCAAUGAGACCCAGGAGAAGGAUGAACGCAAUGAGAUCCUGCGUGGCAGCAGUCACCUGUGCGGGCUGCUCAAGGACCUGGCGCUGGCCACCAAGAAUGCGGUGAUCAAGUACCCUAGCCAGAGCGCCCUGUGCUGCCUCCAGACAGAGGUGGAGAAACUAGAGCACCACUCUCGGAAAUUCAGAGACACACUGGAAUGAAGCCUUUCCAAUGCUCCCACAGAGGUCAACUCCUGGCUAGCUUCAUACCCACAGCUGGUGCCACUCUGUCCUGGGGAAAAGCCACAGGGCUCAGGGCUGGUUUUAGUAAGUGGCUGAGCUCUGAAGGGCACUGGCUGACCACAAAGAGGUCAAGAGAGAGGGACAGGGGACAAGUCAAGACCUUGAGAUGUUGACCUCGCCGUGCCAGGUGUGCGGCGCCAACAGUGGAAGCAGCAUCGUAGGAGCCACGCGUCGUGUCAGCCAAAUGUGUGUGUGGUUUACAGUCUACACUUAAUUAUUAGGCCACAGCUGCGUAUCAGAGGCUCUGCCCUCACAGACUGGGAGGACAGACCAAGGGGCAAAGAAAUGUGUGCAGUGUGCCUGCUGCUAGUGGGAAAAGAAAGUUGGGGGGAAUGGAGAAGGAGAAGGAGAAAGGAUUACUUUCUGUUGCAUUCACUAGAAAACUGCAGGGGUUGGUGUUGCAAGCCUUUAAGUUCAGCCCUGGAGAAGUAGAAGCAAACAGGCCUCAACGAGGGCCAGACUAGCCCACAGUGAGUUCCAUGCCAAGGAAGGAUCUGUAGUGAGAACCUGUUUUUUUUUAAAGCCCCCCAAAAAGUAACGAGUUUGCCUUUAUCACUUGUUUUGCAUUAAUACUGUGAGAUGUAUACAAAUUGUAAAUGAAUGUUUGUGCAUAUAUGUGUGUGAACCUGUGCAUGUUGCUGGAAACUGAAUCCAGGGUUUCACGAAUACUAAGCAUGUGGUACUCUGUCACCAAGAUUGGCCCCUAGUUCUCCCCACCACAAAACUUACUUUGCCUAUGUUACCUCACCCCAAGGGUGAUUGUUCUGUCUUCUGUUGGGUCCCCCACUAACUUAUUUUGUACAUUACAAAUCCUGUAUCAAUCAGUUUCACUGCUCGGUUUGAUUGGGUUUGUAUGUCACUAGUCUCAAAUCUAUAUUUAUCUAUAAUCACGGAUUUAAACACGUUCGCAAGGUCCUGAGAGAUGGCUCAGGUGUUAAAAGCACCUAAUACCAAUCUUGAUUAUCUUGGGGACCUUCUACCCAGUGGUAGAAGGAAAACUAACUCCUGAUGACUGCCUUUGCACAACCACUCACACAAAAACCUAAGGUGAAAUUCAAAAAAUUAAAACAUGUAAGCACGCCAGCAGCAGUCCUUUCUUUGGAAGAGUCUUCGAGCUGCACCCCCUGAGUGCUGGCACCAAAGUGAAGCAUCUGCUUAAAACAUCUCCGCGCUGAACACGUCUGUAGAGAUGUGUGCAGGUCUGUAUGUGUCCGUCUGGACUGGAAAGCAAAACUGUCAUUUGUGUGUUCCCGGAGUGGGGCAGGAAGACGUGGCAUGCAGAUGACACCCACAAAAUGGUCACAAAUAUGGAAGUGUUACCAAGUGCCCUCAUGCAAACCACUUCCUUUUUCUCCCCCUGCAGCUCAGCUUUUCAACCCACCCUUUCCUAUGGUUACCUAACCUUAUCAUUCACUUAGUGCAGCUCCUGUUAGCAUGCUUAUCUUUCCAUGCCAUGGAAGGGUCCCUGUCUCCCAUGAGGCCAUGAUAACUGCACAGACUAACGAAGCACCCCCAGGCUGUGUCUCCUGCAGAGGUGCCAAGUCCAAGUCUAUCUUAUCUGCAUGUGGUGAGCACUUUUGAAAUCUUCACUCUGGGGACUGGAGAGAUAGCUCAGUGGUUGAGAGCACUUGCUACUCUCAUGGAAGACCCUGGUUUGGUUCCCAGCAUCCAUAUUGUGGCUCACAACCAUUUGUAACUCCAGUUCAAGGGAUCUUGCCUCUUCUGGCCUCCUUAGACAGCAAGUGUGCAUAUGUGUGUGCAUACAAACAUACAUACAUCCAUAUUUAUAAAUGAAAACCCUCAUACACACAGAACAAAAAUAAACCCUUUUUUAAAAAUAUUGAAUGUAAAAAAAAUAUAUAUUGAAUGUAGGGGCCAGAGAGUAUGCUCUUCUCUUCCAGAGAACCUCAGUUCAGAUCUUAGCACCUUUAUUGUGCAGCUCACAACUACUUGCAACCACAGCUCCAGAAGAUCCAACGUCCUCUAGCCUCUGAGGGCAUCUGUACAUAUGCAGCACACACAUAUACAUAAAUAUUUUUAAAUCACGUUGAGUAUAAAGCCAGGUAUAGUGGUACACAUCUGUAAUUCAAACACUUGGUAAGUAGGCAGGAAGAUCAGAAGUUCAAAUCCAGCCUGGGCUAUGUGAGAUCCUCUCUCAAGAGCACAAAACAGUAGUAACAGAGGGGAGUGAACAGGGCAGCAAUUAGAAUGGGUGGGAAAGAGAGUCGAUGGGGAUUCGGUCUCAUACAAACAAACCACCAUUGCCUCUAGCAGGCUCCUCUCUCAAGACCCUAAAACAUGAUCCCUUGUGAGGCCUGGAUCCAGCCCAGGGGGCUGUGUGUGUGGAGGGGGAUGUCAUAUUCGGAACAGCAGGAUCCUGCUGUGAGAAGGAAGUUGUGACUGCUCUCUCUGAGCUAUGCAGGAAAAUGCUGGGCUCUUGAGAUAACCUGAAGCCAGCUGGCCACAUAGCUGGCCAACUUCAGGGCCUCCAAUGUUGUCAAGGUACAGUUUUCAGGUCCCGCACUCUGUGAGUGGUUUUAAAUGAAGAAAAUCCCCAAUCAUUUAAUUUUACCAAUAAAGACUCAGGAGCUCAGAGAGGCAGAGAAAGCAGCCAGCUGACCUUCCUACUCAGCUCAUGUCCCAGAAGAAAAAACCAAAAGCUUGUUAGCUCAUGGGACAGACAGCCCAGGAAGAGAAAGCCAAAAGCCCCCUUUUCUUCUCCUCCAUGCUGUCUUAAAUACCCCCUCUCUAAGUCCCUCCUUUCUACUUAAUCCCUAUGAGCUGUUUCUUGCUCUGCCUCUUGACCCAGGGUUAACUUUAUUAAACUUUAUUAAGUACAGAAAACUCUAGGAUCUAAGGUGUGUGUUAGGGCUGAGACACACCCUAAUCACCUGUUUACAAUAAACAGAAAGUUCUUGGAUGAAAGGUGUGUGUCAGGGUUGAACCA